AUGGCUCUGAGAGUGAACAACCAUCCAUCGUCUGGCCCAACCAUUGACCAGCAUGUCCACUCGGAGGCCGCGUUAGCCUACGCAGCCCAGCUGCCAAACCACGAUCACGGAGAACCUCUGUGGCAGCCGGAGCCCUCAAAGUAUGGCGAGGUCCUCAUCGGUGGCGUUGGGUUCGUCGAGGACGGAUGCUUCUAUCGGCUCUUCAACUGCACACUCGCAGCGGACGACCCUGUAAACGCCAAUCGUGUCCCGCAUGGAUAUAUUCCUCUUGAGUACGACAAAUGGGCUCUUCUGCAAACCAGGGAGAACUAUCUGCCUCCGAAGCCGAUCUACAGCAAAUCUAUUUCCCAGUUCAAAGCUGAAGCAGGGGCAACAGCCAAGGGGGUUUCGCUGUCGUACAAGUUCGAAUGCAAAAGCCAGGAGGGAGCGAUCCUCGUUCCCGGUUCGGACGUCACCUUAUCUCACGUGCAAGCGAAUCUACGAUUUCACGAAUACGUCCGAAUGAACCACGCAUCGUGGCACGCGUUCGCGGUUGAUCAAGGUCGCAUGAUCGCCCCGGAAGAUGUUGUCCUGGUCAUCGGCUGA